UUGGUUUAUUAUCUGUCAGCCCAUUAAGUCUUGCCCGUGGUUAUCAUUCAUACUUGGGUGCCAAAUCCCACAGACACGCGUUAUGGUGGAAACCGACAGAGUUAUUUCCUGAAUUCCCCUCUAGGAUCAGGCUCGGCUCUACCAGGGAGAAGCUGCUACUCAUUGAUCGCCUGGACUUUGACAAUUCACACAGUAGGCGAAGAAAUUCCGGUAUUUCCCAUAGAACUGAAUGCUCACUGCCAACCCAUCUUUCAGCUGCAAUUAAGAAUGAACACAGUCAAGUGGAGCUCUCUCAGUCACCUGAUGUAACAUCGCCGCGGAAAUUACAGGAAAGUUUUCGUUGUUUUGGGGGGGAGGGGGGUGCUUUGGUCAUCUGAAAUGGCAAAAAACACAUCACUGUAUUUUCGUAUCAUCGAGGGAAGAAAUUUACCAGCAAAGGACGUCUCCGGUACCAGUGACCCUUACUGUAUCGUCAAAGUGGACAAUGAGGUCGUGGCCAGAACUGCUACAAUAUGGAGGAACCUAAAUCCAUUCUGGGGUGAAGAAUAUACUCUCCAUCUACCCAUGGGCUUCCACAACCUCUCAUUUUUUGUAAUGGAUGAAGACACCAUUGGGUAUGAUGACGUCAUUGGGAAGAUCUCUCUUAAUAAGGAAUACAUAGCAGCUCACCUACGAGGAAUUGACAACUGGAUAAAUCUGACUCGGAUUAACCCUGAUGAAGAGAUUCAAGGAGAGAUCCACCUGGGUUUAGAGAUCCUCCAAGACCAGCAUACAAAGGCACUGAGGUGUCAGCUUAUUGAAGCGAGAGACCUCGCACCAAGAGAUAUUUCUGGCACAUCCGAUCCAUUUGCAAGACUGGUAUUUAACAACAAGACUACAGAAACAGCUACUAUAAAGAAGACUCGUUUUCCUCACUGGAAUGAAGUAUUUGAGUUUGAACUGGAGGAUGGCUUACCGACAGAAGGAAUGAUGUUCACUGUGGAAGUUUGGGACUGGGACAUGGUGGGAAAGAAUGAUUUUCUAGGCAAGGUUGACUUCAAUCUAGAUGCCCUUUUGAAGACUCAAGUGACCAAGGGUUGGUUUAGAUUGUUGCCUUUUGAAAAAAAUGAAGACGAUGAAGGUGGUAAAUUAGGAGCAUUGCGAUUAAAAGUCAGGUUGGCAGAGGACCGGAUAUUACCAUCAAUGUACUAUCAGCCACUGAUCGACCUCUUGGUGGAACCUGUGAUCUCUCCUGCCAAAAGUGUUGAAGCUGCAGGACCCACGAGAAGGACUACCCUGCCUGAAGCUUCACGAGCUUAUGAUGUGGACCAUGCAUCUACAGAAUGUCUAAACUGGGCUGAGGAGAUGAACCCUCUCACUAUGCUGGAAGAGGUUACCACAGUCGAGAGCAGGCAGGAUGUGGCUGUAACGCUAGUAAAGAUCUUCCUGGGUCAGGGCCUGGUGGUGCCAUUUCUUGACUACCUCAAUAUGAGAGAAGUGAACAAAACAACUGAUCCGAACACUCUUUUCAGAUCCAAUUCUUUGGCUUCAAAGGCUAUGGAACAGUUUAUGAAGCUGGUUGGAAUGCCAUACUUACAUGAGGUGCUGAGGCAAGUCAUUAACCGUAUUUUUGAUGAAAAGAAAUACAUUGAACUGGACCCUUGUAAAAUUGACCUUAACAAAACAAGGAGGAUCUCAUUUAAAGGCAGUCUUUCAGAAGCUGGAGUACGGGAAUGUAGCCAGGAGCUUCUAAAAUCUUACCUGACUGAUGUGAUGGAUGCCAUUGUGGGCUCAGUGGAGCAGUGCCCUUCGGUUAUGAGAGUAGCCUUCAAACAGCUACAUAAAAGAGUGGAAGACCAAUUUCCAGAAGCAGACAAUGAGGAUGUCAAGUAUUUGGCUAUUAGUGGGUUCCUCUUUCUGAGGUUUUUUGCCCCGGCCAUUUUAACACCCAAACUCUUCAGCCUGAGAGACCAUCAUGCCGACACAAGGACAGGAAGAACCCUACUGCUUUUGGCAAAGGCUGUUCAAAGUAUCGGUAACCUAGGACUUCAGUUGGGACAUGGAAAAGAACAGUGGAUGACACCCCUUCAUCCAUUCAUUUUACAAAGUGUCAGCUGUGUGAAGGAUUUCCUGGAUAAGUUAAUAGACAUUGAUAAUGAAGUGACUGAGCUUCAACAAAGAGUAGUGUUCCACCCGUCAGUUACUAUAAAAGAAGGGUAUUUACACAAACGGAAAGCAGAGGGAGUCAACCUUGUCACUCGCUUCACCUUUAAGAAACGCUACUUCUGGCUAAACAGUGAAACCCUGUCUUAUGCCAAGACUCCAGAUUGGCAGGUACGGUCAUCUAUUCCAGUCCAGCGUAUCUGUGCGGUUGAGCGAGUGGAUGAAAAUGCCUUCCAGCAACUCCAUAUGAUGCAGAUCAUCACACAGGACAACGAGGGCCAGUUACACAUUAUGUACAUCCAGUGCAAGAACGUGAAUGAACUAAAUCAGUGGCUUUCGGCGAUCAGGAAAGCCAGUAUCUGCAAUGAACGCAUGCUUCCAUCCUUUCAUCCAGGUUCCUACAGGAGCAACCGGUGGACUUGUUGCCUGCACACUGACAGGACUGUUCGGGGAUGCAGCCGCACACAUUCUGCUGUAACUCUCGGUGACUGGAGUGAUCCCCUUGACCCAGAUGUUGAGACACAGACUGUUUACAAGCAGCUCUUACAAGGCAGAGAAAAGCUGAAAAAGAAGUACCUGGAAUCUUUAGAUGCAGAAACUGUGAUGGACCAGGAAGGAAGAAUGCAUGGUGUUGGGAUUGAGGAAGCAGGAGCUGACAAGAGGCGCUCCUUUCAUGAUCGAAGGAUGUCAGCAGCUGCCAGGCUGCUGGAUGUCGUGCAAGAUCUUGAACGUGCUCAUCAGGCAUUUGAACAGAGAGAGAAAGUGGUGCAAGCCAAUGAGAUGGUGGCUCCCUGAGUCAUACUGAGACAAGACAGCUGAAAAAAAAAAUCACAGUUUGUGCAGUGUGCCACAUACCAGUCCAGAUGUACAGUGGAUUUAACACAAGUGAAUUAAACAACACAACUGUCAACCAACUGAAAUGCAAACCUGCUGACGUGAUUGACACUGCAAGCUGGGGAAUGGUUCAGACAUUCCUUUACAAGCUGCAUUGUUACUACAGAUAAAACAUUAAAUAGAAAGGGAUUGUUAUCAAAUCCGAGCAACACUGGGGGAAAGUCGCUAAUUUGUUGCUGUUUAAGACUGAGGAUGGGAUUUCAUCCACUGCUAAUGUAAGGCAGCUGAGCACAGGCACCCAUUUAUGCAAAGGCCGUGGCUACAUUCUGAACACUUUCCUGUCUGUUCUUUGGAGAUGUUUCAGUUCCAUGCAUUGUCUCCAGGUUUGUAAUUAUACCACAGGAAACCAAAAACAAUAAAUGUCUGAAACUAUACAUCCCAACCAGAUGUUGAGAACCCAGCAUCUGUGGGGCAGCUCUGAGCCAUAGGCAUGCAUGUCAACUUGUCAAAGUACCACUGGAUUGCUCAAAGCUGGUUCAGAAAUCACAGCUAAUUGUGGCAGUAUUUUUGUUUUGUAAAUCUCUGUGUGGCAGGAGGAUGACUUACUGGAUUAAGUGCAGUUAAGGGACUUAGGACAUUGACAAAUAUGAUGAAGUGAAUUGCUAUAUUGUAAGGGGCACUUAUGCUUUCAAUUGAUCUUUUAAUGUAUCUACUUUCCUGACAGUUUGUUAACAAAUUAAUUAAAUUGUACUGCUUCACGAUGAAAAUCCGAUUGGUAAUAGUACACUCUCUGCAACAUGCCGUUCAGAGGCCAGGGUUUUUGGAGUUGAUUACUAUUUCAUCAGAUAUGCUGGGCUGGCCAAUUUCAAACGUGCUAGAGGUGUAUUCUUAGUUAAAGAGGUUAGGUCUUUAUCUUUAAUGCACAUUUCAAUAGCUUCUGCAGUUUCUCAGUGAACGUACACAUUCCGCCAAGAUGUUAGAAAAGGUGGUACACGUGAAAUGUAUUGGAACCUUUUAAGUUUUAUGUUAGGGAGCUUUGAGAAGAUUUGUAGCACAGGUUGAGCUUCAAAAUGCAAAGGAGAUACGCAUGACCUAAUCUGUGAGAUAUGAGCAUUUGAUGACAUGAUCUUUAAAGCAAGCCAUGAAGCACAAAAUUUGGAUGUAGGUUUGCUCGCUGAGCUUGAAGGUUAAUUUUCAGACGUUUCGUCACCAUACUGGGUAACAUCUUCAAUGAGCCUCCGGAUGAAGCACUGCUGGUUUUUCCUGCUUUCUGUUAAUAUGUUUGGGUUUCCUGGGGUUGGUGAUGUACUUUCCUAUGGUGACAUCAUUUCCUAUGGUCAUUUCCUGUUCUUUUUCUCAGGGGGUGGUAAAUGGGAUCCAAGUCA